UUCUGGAACCCUCUUCAUUACUUCAUGUAGGUCGAAGUUCCCACGUGGUAUCAUGCUUGCUUGUGGAGAACAGCCUUUAACAUUUGUUGUAGUGCAGGUUUUCCGCUGACAACGAGUCAAUCUCAGCUUUUAUAUGUCUGAAAAAGUCUUUAUUUUGCUUCCUUUUUUCAUUGAGGUAAAAUCGAGAUAACAUAAAAUAAACCAUCUGAGAGUGAACAGUCGAGUGGCAUUUAGCACAUUCCCAUGUAAAAGGGUUGCCGAGCAGGGCUGGCACAAUGAAGAGAGCAGCUGGGGAAAUCGGACAAGCUAGCCUUGGAUAGGAGGGCAGGGCUCUCUUCCACCGAGGCAGGGAAUAGGCAAGGGCGUUUGCUGCUGUGGGCCAGUCCGAAGAUGUGAUAUGGGGCACGGAGCUGACAGACUUCUUGCCCGAUGGUCAGAGAGGAGAGGAGAGGAGAGAGGAGAGGAGAGGAGAGGAGAGGAGAGGAGAGGAGAGGAGAGGAGGGAGAGCGUAUCACAGAGGGCCUGGUAGGUCGCCGGGGGGACUUUGGCUUUGACGCUGAGUGAGAUGGGAGGCACUGAAAGGUUCAGAGCGGGAGGAGGAGGGACCUGACUAGUGUCCUAUCACUGCUCCUGAGUUGGGGCUCUGCUGGGUUGGUGAGGGUGAAAUAAGGGGACCACUGCAGAUAAUUACGAGGUCUAGGGUCCUUAUUCAGGUAGAAGCUUCUGAGGGACUGACUUUGAUAUCCUUACGGGAGGUGCAUGCACCGUGGCUUCAAGGUCUGUGCACCUUGUCUUGGUGUGGGGUUACCGAUUCCAUUCUACUGGCCUCUACCUUACCGCUGGCCUCCUGAACCUAGCCUCACUCCCCCAAUUCUGAGUCUUAUGUUCUUAAGCUUGAAACCUGUCUCUUUUUGUUGUUGUUGUUGUUGUCUCUGGACCUUCCCUCACCCCUGCUGCCUUGUGCAAAUUGGAACUCCACACUUGGAUCCUCAUCUGACUCUGAGUUGGACUCUACAGGUGCAGGUUUCUGCGCAUGGUUCCGGGCAGCUGGGGAAUGAGACCCGAGUGUCGCUGUUCCUUCUGGAAGGGCUGGCCGACGCAGAGGAGUUGAGGCCCUUGCUCUUUGUGAUCUUUCUGCUGGUCCACAGCGUGGCUGGGCAUUGCCAGCCUUACUGUGAUGGACUCCCGACUCCGCGCUCCCAUGUACGACUUCUUAGUCAACCUCUCACUGCUGGACACUGCCUAUAUCUCCAGCACGGGGCCUCAGGUGCUGGAACACCUGCUGGCAGCAGUGUGGACCGUGCCCUAUCGUGCUUGUCUUCCCCAGAUCUUCUUUCUCCACUUCCUGGCUCCCUGGGAGUGCUUCCUGCUCACAGCCAUGGCCUGUGACCGCUAUGCAGCCAUCGGCCGGCCACCGCACCACCUAGUCCUCAUGGGCCGAGGACGGACCCGGGCAGGAAUGGCUUCCACCUCCCGCCUGCUUGCCUUGGCCGAUGCGUUCGCCCACACCGUCCUCGCAGCUCCACUGAGGUUCUGUGGGCCUCGCCUCAUCACCCACUUCUCCUGUGGCCUCCCUCCACUGACCAGACUCUCUUGCUCAAGCACGUGGGCCAGCGAACUUGCCCUGUUCAUCUUCAGUUUCGUGGUGGCUCUUGCACCCCGUGCCCCGGUUGCGAUCGCCUGUGUACGUGUUGUGGCUGCGAUUCUCAGGAUUCACUCCGCUGAGGGCCGAAGAAAAGCCUUUUCCACCUGUGGUGCUCACACCACCGUGGUCUGCAUUUUCUACAUCGCUUCAGUCCUCUGCUACAUCCUCCCCAGCUCUGCGUGCUCUGGCUUGCGGGACCGGGUGCUCUCUGUGCUGUACGUGGUCCUCACCCCCAUGCUCAACCCCGUCAUCUACAGCAUGCGAAACAAGGAGGUGAAGAGGGCUUUGUUCAAGGCCCUCGGGAAAGAAAGUGCCUCCUAGGCACUGGUCACAUCAAAUCAA